CGCGCGCGUCGUCGCAUGGUCCGGUUCGUCCACGAGAACGAGUUCGAGACCUUGCACGCUCUCACAGAGCCGCUCCUCGCGCCGCUCCGCGCGCGCGUCGAGUCCCUCGUCGCGGGGAUCAGCGCGCUUUGCGCGCUCGCGCUCUCGGCGCUCCUCUUGCUUGCGCCCGCGCUGCUGCUCUUCGCGCGCCGUCUCGAGAUCCGCCGCGUCGCGAGCAGCACGCGCGGGGAGACGAAGUCGGGUUAGAAGAAGAGGAAGACGCGCGCGCGCGCGACCGCCGAGCGCGCGGCGGCUCUCGAGACAUCCGUCCGUCCGUCUGUCCGCGUCGUCGUCGUUGUCCUCGUCGAAUCGACGCGCGCGUGCGAGGAGAGCGCGCGAGAGAGCGAAGAGUGAACGUUCGAGACCGAAGUUUGAAAGAGCAGAGAUUCACGCCGUCAGAUCGAGUUGAGAAAGAUGACUGACGACACACAGAAGAUCGGCAUAGGGCUGACGUCGUUCGGGGUGUUAUUCAUGGCCCUCGGGGUGCUGUUCUUCUUCGAUCGCGCGCUGCUGUCGUUCGGGAACGUCCUGUUCAUCGCGGGCGUGAGCCUCACGAUCGGACGCAAGCGCGCGCUGAAGUUUUUCGUGAACCGCAGGCGCGUUCGUUCGGGAAACCACCGCGGCUCCGUCUGCUUCCUAGGCGGCCUCGCGCUCGUGCUCUUCGGCUGGCCGUUCGUCGGGUGUGCGCGCGCUUUUCGAUUUGAUUUCAAACAAACACACUCGGUUUCAAACGAACGCGGGGUCAAGCUCCGUUCACCCCGCGUCGUCCCGGCUCAGCACUUGACCGCGAUUCGUUCGGUUCGACUGACUCAACAACGAUUCGUUCCGUUCCACUCGCGUGCAGGAUAUGCUUGGAGGCAUACGGCGGCGUCUUGCUCUUCAGCGGGUUCCUCCCCGUCGUCUUGUUGUUCCUCCGGAGGCUGCCGGUGCGCGUCUCUUCUCUCUUCUCUAAACUUCACUUCUAGACCGUCCGCGUCGCAGGUGAUCGGGUCGCUCUUCAACCUUCCGCUCGUCAACAAGUUCUUCGCGGGCGUCGGCAGCGCGCGAGGGGUGCUACCUGUGUGACAAGAGAGACGACGCUCGGGGCGACGGCGACGCGCGUGUGGUCGUCGCGCACCUUCAAAAUGUGUACACGGCUACCUUCGUACCUUCGUACAGUGCUGCCCACACACGACCCCCUCUCACGCCUUGCGCUCCUACAACUUAGACUAGUGGCUAACACAUCAAAAGGAUAUACUGUUAGAAAGGAUGAGAGUGCGGUGUGCUGUAACGUCGCG